CCUUCCUCGACGCGUCUGCCCACUGAAGCUCAAAGCACUCCGCUGCUGCCAUCGCAUCCGCCCUGUGCUCAUUUCUUUUUUUUUCUUGCUUCUUGUUUUUGCUUUUGCCGCUGAAUUUUCCGCUCUCGUGAUCCGCUCUGGGUAAAACAACUUGACCUCUUGUUCGCGUCUCCGUGCCGCGACUUGAUCACCCUUGGUCCGUUCUACGACCUCUCCUAAUGAAGCAGCAUGUGCAAUACAAGCCUUAUAUCGCGGAUCUUCCUCCCUCUUUUUAAUACUCCGAGUCCGAACCUGACCAAAACAUGUGGAGGCGAACGUACCUAAUUCUCUUGUUGAUUCGCGUUUAUUUUGCGCUGAGUCCUAGCUACAUUCACCCGGACGAGCAUUUCCAGGGUCUUGAGGUCUUUGCCGGCCGGAUUCUUUCUUACCCAUCACGGUUGCCGUGGGAGUUCACAUCCGAGCGCCCAAUCCGCAGCAUCUUUCCACUAUGGCCGAUCUAUGACGUCCCGAUAAGCCUCCUAAAAUGGUUUUAUAAUGAGACGGGGACGGAAAGCCCCCCGGCGGAGCUGGUCUACUAUGUUGUGCGGGGGGUUAUGUUCCUGCUGAGCUUCGUGUUGGAAGACUGGGCCGUCCACGAGCUGGUGCCUCUUCCACGCCAUCGCAGGGCAGCUGUGGUUUUGGUGGCAUCCUCGUAUGUCACCUGGACUCAUCAGACGCACACAUUCUCCAACUCUCUCGAGACCCUGUUGGUUGCCUGGGGCUUAGUUCUAAUUAAUCGCAUUAUCGACAAGCGACGCUCCUCUCUGUUCUCCUGCGCGGUGCUAUCCUUCAUCUGCGUUGCGGGUGUCUUUAACAGGAUAACCUUUCCUGCUUUCCUCGCUAUCCCAGGCCUUCAAUUGCUACCACAAUUUUGGCGCAAACCGCUAUCGCUACUUGCAUUCAUUGGUUUUGGCCUCAUAUUUUUCUUUGUUGCCAUCUCUGCCGACACGAUAUUCUAUAGACCGUCUGCAUCUUUCAGCGAUGUCCUACGCUCGCCGAUAAUUACACCACUCAAUAAUCUCCUCUACAACACAGACAGCUCCAACUUGGCUCUUCAUGGACUACACCCUCAUUAUAAUCACUUCCUAGUCAAUUUGCCACAGCUUCUGGGGCCUGCAUUUGUCGCAAUGGUCCUUCAGGUCUACAAUUUGCGCUCUAUACCUUCUUGGUUGAAGAACGUCCGCGCAGCUUCUGCGCUAUCGGCUACCGCCAUGCUGUCCAUUUUUCCUCACCAGGAACCUCGGUUCCUGAUACCUUGCGUGCCUUUGCUCCUCAGCUGUCUCCAUGUCCGCAAAUCGCGCCUUUUUCUGGCUGUUUGGGUCAUAUUCAAUGCAGCCUUGGGCUUCUUGAUGGGCGUGUACCAUCAAGGAGGCGUUGUUCCAACACAGCUCGCGGUUCCUUCCAUCGUCUCAGCUACAACAUCCGUAAAAGAAUCCCAGUCCAUUUCCGUUACUGUGUUUUGGUGGAAGACAUAUUCCCCGCCUCUAUGGUUACUUGGUGAUAACUCCACUCUACCUGUGGACUUGGACAUCGACACCCAAGAUCUUAUGGGCAAACCUGGGCCAGAGUUGAUCAAUGAGCUUGAAGAUCUAAUCCCUUCCUGCCUGAAAAAGCAGAAGUCGGGUUCGAAACAACCUGACGCUGUCUUCGUGGUCGCGCCGAAGUCCAUCACUUUUCUGGACCAGUUCUUGGCUCCGCAGAGCUCCAGCUCAAGCUUGGAACUGCUUGAGCUAUGGAGUUACAGAAAACACAUCAGUUUGGAUGAUUUAGACUUCGGCACGGAUGGCAUUUUACCAACCCUAAAGCGGGUGAUUGGGAGACGUGGAUUAGCUGUUUGGCUUGCGCAAAGACCCGCCUGCCGUUACAUCUGAGUUCAUCAGCUGAUACAUACCUUAAGGUACUACUCGACCAUAUCCAAAUUAGGGAAGUCUCGCCUAUCCCCGGGCCCCGUCCUCAAUCACCUUUCUCCGUCGUCGUUCCUCUUUUCCUCACGUUAUCCUUCUCUGUAUAUGCUUCUUCCGCCGCUAUCUAUUUUAGACCUAUGUUAUUUUUCGUGUUGAACCAUACAUCUUCAACUAAUCCGGACAUUCAAAUACCCUUAUGUACCCUUCCUUUUUCAUCAUAUCUGGUCGGAAUUAAUGGCAAUUAUACCCCCUCCUCUCAUGCUCGAAUAAUAAUAAUAAUCAUGAUACCUUUUGACGUUGCA